AUGGACGAUUCAACAAGUUUAAGUAGUUUAAAUUCCGCUGACUUUAUUUUUAUUGGCAAAGAACAACCCCGUUUGAAAGUAGCUGCUGGUGGUGGUAGUACUGAUUUAGAAAAUAAUAUGGCUGAAAUACUUAAUGAAUCAUCUGAACAAACAACCCCAAAUGAUAGUACAAUUAUUCCAGAAUCUAAUCCUAUUCCUCAAUCCGAUGAAAAUUUACUUCAAACAUCAAUUAAAGAUGAUAUUAGUAUAACUAAACAACAACAACAACGACCAGAUUUAACAAAUAAUGUACUUUUCCAUGGUGUAACUUAUUUAGGAUCAGCUAGUAUAAAUGCACCUCGUUCUGAAGAAGAACUUAAUCGAAACAUGGCAAUAUUAAAUGAACAAAGUAAAUUGCCAAUUGAAGUUACAUUAUGUGUUCCUGAUAAUGCUAAUGGUGUAGUUCGAUUACUUGAUCCUCAAACUGAACUUGAAAUAAUAUCAUAUCGUAUAUCCCAAAUACUUUUUUGUGCACGUGGUCCAUCGAAUACACCGUUAGCAUGUUGUUGGGCAUUUACAACUUCACGUAUGUCAACAACAACAAAUAGUUCUAUUCAACAGAAUGAAAAUGGAAAAGUUCAACAAGAACUUCUUUAUCAAUGUCAAGUUUUUCGUUGUGAUAUACAAGAUGCAAUUUAUAAAAUUUUGCUCAGUUUUGCUAAUGCAUUUCGACGUUCAAGUUCGUCAUCAAAUAAUUCAACAUCUUCAUCAGGAAAUCAAUCAUCAGUAUCAAUUUCUCGUCGUACAACAUCAUUAAUUGGUCAAGCAAUACAAGCAACUGUAGCACAAUUACAACAACCAUCAUCAAAUUCUAAUCAAUCAUCAAAUAAUCAACAACAAUUACCCCAACGACCAUCUGAUGGUACAAUUAAAUUUCGAUGUUAUUCUGAUAUUAAAGAAGAAGCUAUUGAUAAUAAAGGAAAUAUUAAUUUUACUUCUGUACCACGAGUGGAGAAAAAUGUAUUUCGCUUACGAACAGAUGUUCGUAAAAAUGUAACUGUUGCUUUACAACAAAUUCGUGGUUUUCCACUUAAUAUUGAAAGAUGCUUUGGUAUGCUUCUUGCCCAAGGAAGAAAUGUUCGUGCAAGUGAUAUGCAACUACUUGAUUUGGAUUCAAUGGGGAAAUCAGAAGAUAAUCGAUAUUAUAUGGUUCGAGCAAAUUGGGAUCCAUCAGCACGUGGAUUUAAAGAAUUAACACAUCUUAAUGAGGAAACACCAAAAGGAGCCCGUGUAUUUUUAACAAUUGCUCUUGACCUUGUAAUCAGUGGUAUACAAGAGCCAGUUCGAUUUUUAAUCGAAGCAAAAGCUCGUGUUUGUGUCUCAAAUAGUAAAGGUGACAUACUUUCCCAAGAUAUAAGUGAUACAAUAUGGUCGUCAUUUAAAAAAUUAUCACCAUUUACUGAAGAAUUUGAUAUGAUUCUUAAAGAAGUUACACCAAAAAGUCCCUCGUCAUCACAUCAAGAUGAUACAUACGAAGUUACACUUUUAGAAAGUAAAUCGGAAUCGGAAAGACGUGCAAAAUUACGUCAAACAGCAGCUGCUGCUGAAGAAGAUGAUGAUGAACCAAUGGUAAGUGGUUUUGGUCAUGUAAGUAAAGAAUGUGAUGAAGAAGUUCUUGGAAAUUGGAGUGAUAUAUUAACAAAAUGGAGAAAAAAUUAUAGCGAACGACCACGUGGUUUACAAUCAUUAGUACGAAAAGGUAUACCGGAAGCAUUACGUGGUGAAGUAUGGCAAUUAUUAGCAGGAAGUGUUGGUGAUGAAAAUGAAAUGAUUAAUACAUAUCGUUUAUUACUUACAAAAGAAUCAUCGAGUGAACGUGUAAUUCUCAAUGAUUUAAAUCGAACAUUUCCUGCUCAUGAAUAUUUUAAAGAUGCAGGUGGAAUAGGACAGGAAGCAUUAUAUAAAUUAAGUCGAGCAUAUUCGGUACGUGAUGAAGAAGUUGGAUAUUGUCAAGGUUUAUCGUUUGUUAUUGCAACUUUACUUAUUCAUAUGCCAGAAGAACAAGCAUUCAUGUUAUUAUGUAAAUUAAUGGAAGAUCCAAGAUAUAUUUUACGUGAAAUGUAUAAAGCUAAUUUUGAAAAUUUACAAGUUCGAUUUCAUCAAUUAACAUGUCUUAUACAAGAUAAUUUACCUGAUCUUUAUGCACAUUUUGAUGAUCUUAAAGUUGAAUGUCAUAUGUAUGCUUCACAAUGGUUUUUAACAUUAUUUACGGCAAAAUUUCCAUUGUAUUUAGUCUUCCGUAUUAUGGAUAUUUUUCUUUAUGAAGGUUUCAAUGCACUCUUCGGUGUUGGUCUAGCUUUACUUAAGAGUUGUCAAAAAGAUUUAUUAUCACUUGAUUUUGAAGGUAUUAUGAGAUUUUUUCGUGUUAAUUUACCGAAAAAAUAUCGAAGUGAAGAUCAUGCUGAUGAACUUAUUCAAACAGCUUGUUCAAUGAAGAUUAAUGUUAAAAAAUUAAAACGUUAUGAAAAAGAUUUUUUUACACGUCGAGCUGAAGAAGAACAAGGAGAAUUACCAUUGCAACGUCUUGAACUUGAUAAUAAACGUUUAACUGAAACAUGUAUGCGUUCAGAAUUAGAAAAUGAAAUGCUUGCACUUGAAUUAGUCAAUGAUCGUGUUAAACUUAAAAGUAGUCUUGAUGAGGCUGAAGAUCGUAUUGAAACUUUAACACGAGAAUUACAAGCUACUCGAUCGAUUGUAAGAGAAAGUGAACAACACACAAUUCGUUUAGAUGAAGAAUUAGAAAAUAUUCGAGAAGCGUUUCGACGUACAUGUGAUGAACUUCAACAAACACAAAAAAUUGUAACAGAUUAUAAAAAUAUUUGUUCACAAUUAAAUAAUCAAUUAGAUAAACAAAAAGAAAAAUAUCAAAAUAAAAUUCAAUCGAUUCAAAAUCGUUGCUGUGAUUCUUGUAAAACGUCGAUAAAUGGAACUAUAUCUCCAGCAUCAAGUACAGCAUCUACACCUGAACGAGAAACAAUUAAUGAUGAUAAUGACAAUGAUUUACCUCCAAUAUCAUCCAUUCCAUCGUCUGUUGCUGAUCGUUUACGUCAAGUUGAAAUUGAAUUAGCCGAAAAAAAAUUAGCUCUUACACAAGCAUUAUGUGAAAAUCAAGAACUUGCUCAUCAACUUCGACAUUCAACAUCAGUUACAAGUGAUUCGGACACACAAUCUGUGAAUAGUAUGCGUUCAAUUAAUAAUAAUAAUAAUAAUAAUUCCACUGUUAGUUGGUUAUCCAAAACAGUUAAUACUAUAAAAGAAGCAGCUAGUUCAACAAAUCGAACAAAAGUUAAUUAA